GCUGUGGUAAAGAAUUUUCAGAAAAAAAACCUAAAUCUGAUCAAAUCAAUACUUGGGAUCUGAAUCUGGUUAUAAUAUAUGGAAGUCAAUUUCUUGAUGAUUUCGAUGGAGAUUAUCACUAUGGCAUACUAAAUCGUAUUAUG